AUGAACUACAUCUACUCAACAGUCAACACCCUCCGCGACCGCUACACCCCCGUCGCUACAACCUCCACCUUCCGCAAAACCGGCGAAAUCACCCCCGCCGAAUUCGAAGAAGCCGGCGACUACCUCGUCUCCAAAUUCCCCACCUGGUCCUGGGGCGACGCCGACGACGACUCGCGCCGCGUUCCCUUCCUCCCCGCCGGCAAGCAGUACCUCGUCACGCGCAACGUCCCCUGUUACAGGCGGCUCGACGACGAUUUCGCCGGCGACGCGGGGAGGGAGCAGGCCGUCGUGGGGGACGGCGACGAUUUUAAUGCGGGUGCCGAUGAGGAUGGUUGGUUGAGGACGGGCGGGUUGGCGAGCUCGCAGCCGUUGAAGGCGAGGGAGAUUAGGGCCGUGGAUGAGGCGGGGAAUGUUGCGGAGGGGGAGGUUGUGGAGGAGGAUGAGAUUCCGGAUAUGGAGGAUGAGGAGGAUGAUGAUGCUAUUAUCAAGGAUACCGGCGCUGAGAGCAAGAGCGGCGGUCGCCGGACCUACAACCUCUACAUAAUGUACUCCCCCUACUACCGCACGCCCCGCCUCUACCUCUCCGGCUACCUCCCCAACGGCCAACCCCUCCCGCCCAAGUCAAUGAUGGACGACAUCGUCGGCGACUACAAAGACAAGACCGUCACCCUCGAAGACUUCCCCUUCUUCGCCGACAACAUCAAGAUGGCCUCCGUGCACCCCUGCAAGCACGCCUCCGUCAUGAAGACCCUCCUCGACCGGGCCGACGCCGCGCUCCGCAUCCGAAGGGAAAAGUUGCGCGCGGCCGCCGCUGCUGUCGCCGCCUCCUCCUCGGAUAGCGCGGCCGCGACGGAUACUCUGGUCGAAGAGGUCAAGAAGCUGGAUGUCAAGGAUGCGGAGGCGGAGGCUGAUAAGACGGGGGAUGAGUGGGAGGAGGUGCAGCAGAAUGAGAUUGAUGAUCAAGAGGUUGCUAUUCGGGUGGAUCAGUACCUUGUUGUAUUCCUUAAGUUCAUGGCGAGUGUUACUCCCGGUAUCGAACAUGACUUUACGAUGGGCGUUUAA